AGGGGGGGGGGACGACGGACUGAGGGAGCAGCGGACGGGGGAGGAUGAUGAGCUGGCGGAGGGUGCUGAAGUCCGCGCUGGCGCUGGUGGCGCACGGCCUCCUGUUCGCCUUCACGCUCCUGCUCGUUCUCAAGCUCGACCGCGUCGUGUUCUACUCCUGGUGGAUAAUCUUUUUCCCGCUUUGGGUAUUUCAUGCAGUUGUUGCCAGAGGGAGAUUUUCAUUACCAGCACCAUCAGUUCCCCAUAAUCGUCAUUGGGCCCCUUGCCAUGCCAUUGUGGCGACACCUUUGCUUGUUGCAUUUGAAUUGCUUCUUUGUAUAUAUCUGGAGAGCGUUUAUGUUCGUAGCUACCCUGCUGUGAACUUGAAGAUCGUCUUUCUUCCUUUGUUGGCGCUGGAAAUAAUUAUUCUUAUUGACAACUUUAGAAUGUGUAGGGCUUUGAUGCCGGGGGACGAUGUAAGCAUGAGUGACGAGGCAAUAUGGGAGACACUUCCUCACUUCUGGGUUGCAAUCUCCAUGAUCUUCUUUGUUGCUGCCACAGUCUUCACCUUGCUUAAGCUGUGUGGAGAUGUCGGUGCUCUUGGCUGGUGGGACUUAUUUAUAAAUUUUGGCAUCGCAGAGUGCUUUGCCUUCCUUGUUUGUACUAAGUGGUCUAAUCCCAUAAUACAUCGAAAUUCUCGCAUAAGGGAGCCUGGCUCAUCUUCUGCAACUAUUACAUAUCUUGACUGGAACAGUGGCUUAGUAGUUUCAUCAACUGAGGAUCAGAAUGAGGAUCGACUAUGUGGUUUGCCAGAAAUUGGUGGCCACAUUAUGAAACUUCCAAUUAUUGGUUUCCAGGUCCUCCUUUGUAUGCGCUUACAGGGAACACCUUCUGCUGCUAGAUAUAUACCACUCCCAAUUCUUUUCUCUCCACUGUUCCUUUUGCAAGGUACUGCUGUACUAUUUGCUGCUUCUAGGCUAGUGGAGAGAAUAGUUCUUCUUCUGCGGAGUGGUGCUGGUGCUGGAAGAUACUUUAUGUUUUCGUCAAGAGUUCAUGACUGUCUAGCAUUCCUGCACCAUGGUUCCCGGCUGUUGGGAUGGUGGUCAAUUGAUGAGGGAAGCUGCGAGGAACAAGCUCGGCUUUGCCAAGAGGGUGCUUCUGGCUAUAACACCUUUUGUGGUUAUGCACCAGAAGUAGUGAAAAAAAUGCCUAAAAGGGAUCUAGCUGAGGAGGUUUGGAGACUUCAAGCAGCUCUAGGUGAGCAAACAGAAAUCACAAAAUUCAGUCAGCAGGAAUUCGAAAGACUUCAAAAUGAAAAAGUUUUGUGUAGGGUUUGUUUUGAGAGAGAAAUUAGCAUCGUACUGCUUCCUUGUCGUCACCGUGUUCUUUGCAGUACAUGCUCUCAGAAAUGUAAGAAGUGCCCAAUUUGCCGUGUUUCCAUAGAGGAGCGGUUACCUGUAUAUGAUGUUUAGGUAUAAUCUUGCAAAUCUCUUUUCUCCCUUUUUAUCUGAUUUACUUUUUAUAUAAAUCAGCUGGAGUGGGGCUAGCAGAUGGUAAAAAAUUCUUAACCAUAACUGAUGUUUAUACGGAUACUUUGUAGACGGUGUUACUGGUUUGAGUAAACACUAGCGAAUUUUCAGAAUAGAAUAUUCAAAUCUGUUUUUGUUUUGUUC